AUGGGUAAUUGCGCUAGUGAACCCAAGACCAAGGGUGAUGAUGCUGCUGGAGUCCCAGCACCCGAGCCCAAGACGGAGGAGUCGGUCCAGGGCAACGAGGUGAACCGCGAGCUGCUUCAGGAAGAAAACAAGGCUGAUCAUGAUGGAGAUGCUCAGCAAAACAACGAUGCUGAUCAUAACAAGCAACCCUCUCUUGGGGCCUUGCUCAAGGAGGAAGAAGAAAAGACAGCUCAAGUUGCGGCAAAGCUAGAGGAAGCCGAAGAAAAGGCAAAGACGACUGAAAAGAAAGAGGAAGUAGUGGUUGAGCAGGAGAAGGCAUCUGAAGCAGCACCAGUUGCAGUUACCCAAGAAGACAAGAAAUCUGAUAUUGAGGAGAAGAAACCAGAAGUGAAGGAGACCAAACCAGAAGUGGAGGAGACCAAACCAGAAGUGAAGGAGAUUAAACCAGAAGAGAAAGUGACAAAACCAGAAGAAAAGGAGACAAAACCAGAAGAGAAAGUGAUAAAACCAGAAGAGAAAGUGACAAAACCAGAAGAAAAGGAGACAAAACCAGAAGAGAAGGAGACAAAAGAGGAAAAGAAGGAGCAAAUAUGA